AUGACGGCGCAUGCGGCCAAUUUUGUGCGCUUCGCUUUCAUUGUAUUCUCCUUAUUUUUCAGAGUUGCGCUCGCGCACGACUUCACCGCAACCCGCGCGCAUGUUAUUCUCCACAAGGCUGUGUCUGCUGAGCCGUUAGUCCUUGGCCAGAACUUUACGGUUACCCUAACAGCCUACAACCGCGGCAACAUCGAUGCUCGAUCCGUCGACAUUAUUGACGCGAAGUACGAUCCUAACGUGUUCACGAUAUUGAACGGCGCGUCGUCAAUUAUGAGCGAGUUUGACGUCGUCGAGCCGGGUGAGAAUGCGACUUUUUCUUUCGAACUUGUUGCAACACGCUUAGGUGUGUACACACUUACCCCUGCGGUAGUGACCUACCGCGCGAGCGAUGGGGAGCAAAAAACACGCGGGACAUCAAAUGAUGUCGAGAACUUGUGGUGCGUAACCGAAAUGGAUAAAAGUUUUGAACGAGUCUUCAGGAUUGGCGCAUAUUUGACGUUAGGGUUAGCAAGAAAUGCUGAGGAAUGGAAGAAAGGCGCCAAGAUAACUACUGGCGUGCUCAGUCUGUUAACUGUGAACUAUGUUUUGCUUCUUUUAAAGCAGUUUCGGAAAGAGUGGGAAAGGCGCCGUGCGAUAGUGUCGCUCACAAAAUCGGACUGAUACCUACAAUGCGCAUAUGUGUAUGCGUCAGAUUCAUGUUGGUGAAUAUAGGUGCGCACUCACUCUGGUUUGUUUAUAUAUUUUCCCAGCCAUGAUCCGAGACGCUUCGUGUAGGGCCAUAGAAUAUGAGCAAAUGCAAAGAUACAGUACAUGUAGUAUUCAUAUCAUAGUACGUAGUACUUUAGUACCUUCGAACUAUACAGUAUAUGUAUACAAGUAAUAAGUCAAGCAAAUAAAGUAC